CAUCUUGCCUCCUUCAAAAUUUGAAUUACACUAAAUUCUUCUCACAUUCCUCUCUUCUGUUUUCACAUCCUUCUCUCUCUCUCUCUCGAUCUCCCUCAUGCCCACAGCAUUCUCACCGGAGCCUCCGCCCACCGGCGUUGGCCUCGGCUACGGAAUCGCCAUCGCCGUGAGUACUCUCGUCCUAAUCUCUAGCAUUAUGCUUACUUCUUACAUAUGUAUUCGUGUUAAAGCUAAUGCUAGUAGCCGUGCCAGCGUCACUGACGAUGAUGCCAUAAGUGGAUCUAGCUCUGUUGAGCCGGCCGUUCUAGUUUUGGGCCUCAAUGGAUCCGUCGUGGAGUCGUAUCCGAAGAUUGUUUUGGGAGAGAGUUUGAGACUGCCGAAGCCCAAUAACGGCCCAUGUUCUAUCUGUUUGUCUGAGUAUCUACCUAAAGAUCUGGUGCGAUGUAUUCCAGAUUGUCAUCACUGUUUCCAUGCUGAUUGUGUUGAUGAAUGGCUCAAGAUGAAUGCCACAUGUCCUCUAUGUAGAAGUUCUCCUGCCUCUUCUCGGGGUCCCACGUCUCUUACCACUCCUUUGUCUGAGUUGGUGCCUCUGGCCUUCCAUGCCAGGUGAAUUUUUUAGGUUUUUUUUUCUUUUUUUAAAUUUAUUCAAACAUACGAAAAAGAUAUGUUAUUACAUUUUUUUAACAAAAUUAUCAAAUCAGUUGUAGCCGUUGGAUCAUGAUCUAAUGGACAAUGAUCUUAUCGCUA